AUGCCAAUUGUAGUGGCAAAGGCAAGAGCUCUAAAUAUAGCAGUCAACAUACUUUUCAUUAUCAAUCUCAUACUUGUUGCUGUUUUGAAUCUACUAUCAUCAGCACAAAUUCCACUUCAUCUAUCAAUACCUUUCAACCGCAAAAGUUUCCCUCAAGAUUUCAUAUUUGGAGCAGCUUCAGCUGCCUAUCAGUAUGAAGGAGCAGCAUUCGAAGAUAGAAGGGGGCCGAGUAUAUGGGAUACCUUUAGCCACCAAUAUCCAAAUAAAAUAGCGGAUCAUAGCACUGGUGACAUAGCUGUUGAUUUCUAUCAUCGUUACAAGGAGGACAUCAAACUCAUGAAAUUCUUAGGGUUGGAUUCUUUCAGAAUGUCGAUAUCAUGGUCAAGAGUUAUACCUCAUGGGAAGCUAAGUAAAGGUGUGAACAAGGCAGGCAUUGCAUUUUACAACAACCUCAUUGAUGAGCUUCUAGCAAAUGGUAUAACACCAUUUAUAACAAUUUUCCACUGGGAUGUUCCUCAACCUUUGGAAUAUGAGUAUGGUGGAUUUCUAAGCCCGCGCAUUGUGGAUGAUUUUCUAGAUUUCGCAGAACUCUGUUUCAAGGAAUUUGGUGAUAGAGUCAAGCAUUGGACCACUGUUAAUGAGCCAUUGACAUUUUGUGUAGCUGGGUAUGACUCCGGCAUCUUAGCCCCCGGCCGGUGCUCAGCUUGGAGGAACAACGACUGCCCAGCGGGCAACUCCGCAGCUGAGCCUUACUUGGUUGCCCACAAUAUUCUCCUCUCCCAUGCAGCAAUUUCUAACCUGUAUAGGGAGAAGUACAAGGCAUCACAAAAUGGUGAAGUAGGAAUUGUGUUGAACCCAACUUGGUACGUCCCUUAUUCCAAUAGUAAGGCCGACACCGAAGCUGCACAACGCGCAAUCGACUUCGUGUAUGGAUGGUUUUUAGACCCCUUAGUUUUCGGGGAUUACCCACAAAGCAUGCGUCGUCUCGUGGGUAAAAGGUUACCAAGAUUCACGAGGGAGCAAUCCCAGUUGGUGAAAGGUUCCUUGGAUUUCCUUGGAGUGAAUUAUUAUACCUCAAAUUUUGCAGCAAAUGCCCACUUCCAUAAUGGUCCUAAUAAUAGCUAUACAACUGAUAAUCAAGUUAAUCUGACAACGGAAAGGAAUGGACUGGCUAUUGGUGAGGCGGAAGGAGUACCACUUUAUGUGUAUCCUCAAGGUCUUCGUGAUGUUCUUGUCUAUACAAAGAACAAGUACGGGAAUCCAACCAUUUAUGUUAUAGAAAAUGGAUUUGGUGAGACUAAUAUAACAAAAGUUGAAGGAGGGGUCAAGGAUUUGCAAAGAGCACGCUUCUAUCAAGCCCAUCUAAGGGCAGUCAAAGAAGCCAUUGGCAAUGGCGUGAACGUGAAGGGCUUCUUUCCUUGGACAUUCAUGGACGAUUGGGAAUGGAAUUCAGGUUUCACAGAGAGAUUUGGUUUGAUCUUUGUUGACUUCAAAAAUGGAUUGAAGAGAUACCCCAAAAGUUCAGCUCUUUGGUUCAAGAAAUUCCUCCAGUCCUAA